AUGAACAUGGGAGCCCAGCCAGAAAAUGAGUCUUUUGAGAUGUCGAACCGUCCAGUAUCUCCUCUCAGCGUAGUAACAGAGGAAGACAUCCCCGAAUCUGUUGACACCAGUUCAGCAGGAACCCCCAAGCCGGAAGAUACAUCACACGACGCUCAAUCGGCCAAUGAUGGACUGCUAGCACCAAGUCGAGAGGGCAAGAUUGCAGAAGAAGCCGCAUCACUACACGCGGACUGUCCCCUCAAAAGACAUGUCCUAUACUCCCUUAUAACAAUUGCGUUCAUCGGCUCAGCUUCUCUCAUCUGUAGUUGCUGGCUCAUCGCAUAUAUCCAGGUCAAGACAGACAGAAGCUACAUUGCAGCCGUCAUUGUUGGGGGCAAGCUCUCGUCAACCGAAGCCAAGCUCAUUGACGCGGCCUUCUCCAUUCUGGUGGCGCCGGCUGUGGUCGCGGUCGCCAAUUGGCAUAUGUUCAAGCUUGCUCGUCUUUCUGCUGUCAAUGAGCACAGCGGAAGAAACUCAGCUGUAAGCAUGAAGGUCCUCGUUGAAGUUGCCGGCACAGACUGGGGGUCCUUCAGCCCACUCAAGUUCUGGACUUUCGUUCGUUCAAAAAGGCCCCGUGUGGUCUGUCUGGGAAUGAUCGCUGUUCUCUCGGCUUUGAGCUUCUCGUUGCUUGGCAAUGUUGUGGCAUAUCAACAGGCCGGAGUGGAUACAUCUACGCAGGUGCUUGAAUAUCUGCAUGAUACACAUUCGGUGCUGCCCAGAGGCUCAAAUCCAAUACCCCUGGACGACCAGUCUAUUCGGCAACAGGUUUCAGCAAGACUUCAGGAUAGGCUUUCGCGCCUACAACAAGGCAUGCUCGAGCCAUCUACAACAGGGCUAGUCAGCGUCAACGUCUCGGAUCAAUCACGUUCGUCGCUUUCUCCUGCCGUCAUGCAACUAUAUCACGCACCAGUCUAUCGAUUGAAAAUGUUUUGCAGUCCCUCCCAUCUCCAAGGCGUAUCAAUAAUGUUGCCAGACAGAAGUAAUCCGCGUCUCAGUUUUGUCCUUGAGGAAACAGCUUCAGUCUUUGGUUCAGAGUCAACCACAUACGAGGCAUCGCUCGGCACAGACCAAGGUGUCAUAUCAGAUAUAGUACUAAAUGAAGUCAGAGCCACAUAUCCACUCAUUGCCUUCAAUGAGACUGCUCUUUGGAUCGGGGUUAUGGAUUCCGGGGGCGAUGAUGGCCAAUUGGUUACUACAAAGCGAUGGGGUAGCUUGAUACCUUUUGCCAAAGGUCUUCCGGGUACUGAGGAGCCUGACGGCCGACAAACAAACUACAGCCUAACGUUCUCAGGCUUAACAUGCCGUUUAAACAGAUCCACUCGAUGGGCCGAUGUUAAAGUCAACGGGAGUGACUGGUCGAUGAUUGAGAACACUCUUGUCGAUGAGAAGCUUGAUACAGGGCACGAUAUGCCGGUGCUUAGCUUGACGUCAAGUCUUGAUACUUUCGACGAUGCCCGUGACGGGAGACCGCCCGGGCUCGGCGGACACUUACUUCGAGCGGCACUUAGAGUGGCGAUCGAACGAGGUCGGCGAAGCUGGGACCUAGAAACCCUUGCUGAUGCUUUCCUCUGGUACGAAAUAGAGGCCCGUCAAGUACUCCUUGAUAAUGACCAAACCGUAAGGGCCGAGAGAUAUCAAGUCCAGUCCAACAUCGAUGAAUACGCAAUGACAUUUGUUCCUUGGAUCCUCAUAUCUGGACUUGGGACACUGGGAGCAGCAUGCGCGUUGACGAUUGGGCUCACCCUCGAUUCUUGGAAGGUAUACUCGCUUAGAAGUGGGAGAAUGUUGGAUUCAAUCCGAUUGACAGCUGAUGUUGGAGUGGCUUUGGAUAAGCAGGUGUUUGAAGAGUGCUCAACCUGGCACGCCACAAGGUUGAACAAGUGUGCCGAUGAGGCUCGGUUCCAGUACGAACCUGACGCUCGGUUAGAUAGCGCAACUGGUCUUUAUACUCUAGGAAUCCGCCUUCGACAAAUCUCGCGACCGCAUGACUGA